CUAAAUUGUUCCUGCUUGAUAUUUGACGGUCAUCCUCGUUUUUAUUUUUGUGACAGAUUCCUGAACUGAUUAUCGUUUUAAUUAAUCCUCUUGCGCGUAAAGAUUUCAACUGAAUCCGUCACGAUCAUUUUCAUGUGAUGGCGAAACCAAAAUUAGUUGUGUUUGACCUGGAUAACACCCUUUGGCCUUUCUGGGUGGAGGAAGUCGACCCACCUUUUCACAUUAAUGAAAGUGGCAAAGUAAAGGAUUCCACAAAUUCACCCCUUCCCCUCUUCAAGGACACCGUGAAUAUAUUGACCUCUCUCCAUGGUCAGGGCGUGAAGAUCGGAAUUGCUUCACGAACUGAAGAAAUAGAGGGAGCCAACCAACUGCUCUCCCUGUUCAAUCUCAACCAGUAUAUCUCCUUCAAGCAGGUAUACCCAGGUUCAAAACUGACUCAUUUUGAGAGGUUACAGGCAGACAGCGGCGUCGAGUACAGUGAGAUGCUGUUCUUUGAUGAUGAGUCCAGAAACAUCAAUGAUGUCAGUCAACUAGGUGUGCAUUGUGUCCUUGUUCGCAAUGGAGUGACCUCAGAAUUAGUUGAUGAGAAGAUCCAGCAGUUCUCCAAGUCACACUCUUGAUGAUUGAGCCAUCAGAAUCUAUGGUGCCAGACCACGUAAUACCAGUGUGAAACCACCAUUUAAACUUGACUUGUUUACAAAUACUUGUUUACAAACAGAUCAGUAAAAUCAGAAAGUUGUCAUCUGUGUGUUGUUAUAUAGCGAACACAAAUACAGCAACAAGAGCAUUCAUGUUACUUCUGGAUUAAAUAAAGGAUUUAAAAUGUA